CAGAAAAAGUAUUAAGGUUUCUUAAGAUAACAAUUGAUGCACUUUCAAAAGAAGGAGAAUUAAAAUUUAUAAAGUUCUGGAAAUCAUUCGAAUACCUAAGAACAUGGCAAAAAUUACCAAAUCCGAUCUCUCAUAUUGAUAGUUUCAUGAU